GGGUCUAUUACCGUACCUGUGAGGACAUGGCAGCGGGUCUCCAGCUCUCGGUGAGUCUUUUCUCUGGCUUUGACCCCCCGUGAGGGUCUCAGCUUUCCUCUGUGAGGGGUCAUACCUCUGUAGUUAGCCUGCUGCUAGCUGCCGCUCAUUAGCACGGAGCUAAAGGAGCUUAAGGAGUGUAACGGGGAUCUUUGAUCACGGUUACCGUGUGGAAACACCGGAAGAGAGAGACAACAAAGCGAACUAGCGGCGCCGUCCAGAUAACCAGGACCUAACAGGAACUCUCUGUUUACAAGAAGUGCCAACACCCAACCCAUUUUCCACAAGCCUGUCAGUUCACAGUGGACUCAUCAGGUUUCACUGCUGGGGUUUAUUGUGCUGGACUUUGAGUCACACUGCAUGUUGGGAAACUGUAAAUGUUUACCUGGACCCUCUUGAGCAGAUCUCGACAGCGUGUUUCCUGUUUCACCGAUGCCUCGAUGGAAAGCCUUCUUCAGUCGGCACUUGCGAUGGUCCAGCACCGUCAGCCAAGCCCUCGUCCUGUCCAUCGUCACAUUCUGUGUCAUUCUGCCUCUGUGCUGUCAUCGGCUGCUUUACUCGUACUUCUUCAUCAAAUCCAUGUACCUGGACUCCAUGAGUGAGGAGGUCCUGCAGGAAAGCCUCCAUCAAGGUCAGGAUGCUCUGCACUUCUGGCGGAGUGCUUCCACCGCAGUGGCAGUGUCCUCCAGAUUCAGUGACAUCCCCCAGCAUCCUGAACUGCUGGUCACCGUGGUGACAGCCAGGCGGAACGAAGGGCAGGACUUCCACUAUCUGCUCCAGGUGAUGAGGCAGCUGAGCGGCCUUCUGGGAAGCUGUGGAGAGGUGCGAUGUGCAGAGGUGUUGGUCUGUGAUGUGGAAGGUGGUCCUCAGGAAAACCGGGAUGCCAGGCUUUUGGAGAAUCACUUCCAGGUGAUCCGGCGUCCUCCUGAGGAGAAGCAAAAGAACAAGGAGCGAAUCAACACCUUUGAGCGAGAGAAGAGGGAUUACGUCUUUUGUCUCCGCAAAGCAUGGGAGCUGGUGAAGCCCAAAAACAUAAUUGUCCUAGAGGAUGAUGCCUUACCCAAGCAGGACUUUUUCAAAGUCAUAAAGGACUUGCUGUCACGCCGAUUCGCUCUCCAGACUUUGUACAUAAAGUUGUAUCACCCUGAGAGGCUGCAGCGCUACUGGAACCCCGAGCCUUACCGCAUCCUGGAGUGGGUGGGACUGGGGUUGGUAGGAGCAACUGCCCUCCUCCUGACCUUUCCUUACUGGAACCCAUGUUCUUUCACUUUCAUGCUGUCUGCUGGCCACCUUCUCUUCUUCACCCUCUACUUCAUGGCUGCAGCCGAGCUGCUGGGACGGCACUACCUCCUGGAGAUCCGGAGACUUUCCCCCCAGCUUUACGCUGUCUCCCCGGCCACAGAGUGCUGCACCCCAGCAAUGCUCUUUCCUGGUAACGCCUCCCUCAGGGUGGCGGACUAUCUGGAUGUCUCAUUCUGCAUGAAGGGGAACGCCAAAGACAUGGUACUGUAUCAUAUGGCGAGGACCACCUCUGGGGAAAGGUCUCACAGCGUGGAACCAAACCUCAUCACCCAUAUCGGGGCCUAUUCCUCAGUCAGACUCAACCCAUCAAGACCCAAACUCCUCUGAAGACAGCAAAGAGGGUAGGACAGAAGGCACUCAGAAGCUGCCUUUCCACCUCAGGAACUCUUCCAUGGUUCUUUUGAAUUUACAAGAUAAUCAGUGUGUUUUCAACACAAGGCCUGUGGUCUGAAUAAAGUCCCAUAUACUUUUUUUAACCUCUAAAGACACUGCUCAGGAAAAUCUGGGUUUGUGGUUUUGCAGGUAAAAAGGUGUCCAGGUGCAAACGUUGGCACCGAGUGCAUCUGGGGUAGUGCUUUGUAGACAACCUGUUUAUACACUGAUUUCCUUUUUUCUCUAGAGUGUUUUAAAGACAUUUAUUGUGGUGUUGGACAGACCGUUUCACCUGCAAAUCAAAUAAACCAAUCCCACUGAGCUGU